AUGAAGCUAGGAAAGAUUCUCCUACUUGUGGUGGCUUUGUUUGCUCUCUUCAACCUUAUAUAUGGAUCUGGUCAAGAACCCAAUAUCAAAUAUUGCCCUAAAGUUCUUUCAGGAUUGAGUGGUGAUUGUCUACAUGCUCAACGUGACUGCAAUGCUGAAUUCAAUGCAAGGUUUCCAGGUGCUCAGUCUCGUCGUUGCAGAUGUGACACUACUGUUAAUACACACACAUGCACAUGUUGUAUAGUUUGUGGACUAAUGGAACAUGAGAAAAAUGGGCUUUUUGUAAGCAAAGAUGAUGAUACUUAUUGCGCAUAA